UAAGAGGAGGUCCUCAAGUACGAAAGGGAAAGUUUCUUUUUGCGGUUCGCGUGAAUGUCUGAGAAUUUGAACAAGUGAACUAUAGAUUGACUCCCUGUACAAGUGCCGAUUCAUUGGCAUGUAGAUCUUUCCAGAAAGCGUAACACGAAGGAGUUCAGGCAAAGUUUGCUCUUGGCUCUUACUACUUGAAUUCAAACGAACAAGAAACUACUUACCACAAUUUGAAGACUUGGAUAAUUUUCUUCAAAACAACUUUACUGAACUAAUUAAAGCCUUUGAGCUAUUUGUUUUAAACUUGUGACAUUCAGGAGAGCAAUUGCUCAAGUACAAGAGUCGGCAUGCAACAACUUUUACACGAUUUGGUUUUAUUCUCUGUGCUGUGCUUGAUUGUAAACAGCAACGAAGUUUAUAGGAAAGCAGGUAAGAAGAAAACAAAGCCACAUAAUUCACUGCAAGGUUCUUGUGUUGACCAUCCUAAAUGCAGUCAUUGGCUGGACUUUACGGAUCUUUUCAUAUCCUGUAAACAUCCCAGAAACCGUAAUAAUUGCAAAAAGACUUGUCAACUUUGCACACAUUCGCCGACGCCAUUGACAACUACUGCGACAGAAUCGCCCUUGACGACAGCCGAUAGUGUUAACACGACAACUGUUUUUGUAACUAUGGGAGGUUGUGUUGAUCAUCCUAAAUGCGACGAAUGGCUCAACCCUUUGGAUCUUUAUAUAUCUUGUAAGAACGAAAAGAAUCAAAAGUAUUGCAAAAAAAGCUGCCAAAGUUGCAUUACUACAGCACCAACAACCACGUCAACAGAUAACGAUCACGUCACAACAGCAACCUCGCUUACAGCGUCUGCAAUCGUUGGAGGUGUUUGUUCUGAUAUAAGUGGACGAUGUCCAGGAUGGGCGAAAAGUGGGUAUUGUUCGAAAAGGCCAAAUUAUAUGCGUUACUAUUGUAGACUCAGCUGUGGGUAUUGCUCACUGAAAACUACGGCACACGGUUGUGUAGAUCUGAAGCCCUUAGAGUGUCCUACAUGGGUAAACGAGUGCUCUUCGAACCCAUACGUAAAGAAAUAUUGCCAGAAAACGUGUCACGUUUGCACAACAUCUUACACGACUACAGCUACAGCCUCAUCAUCAACAACUACUGUCAGUUCUAAAACUACAACGCUUUACAGUACUGAGGCAACUUCUGUAUCAACUACCAGUGAUAUAUCAACUACCAGUACUUCACUACCUACUAGUACUACACUACAUACCAUUAAUACCCCAAUUACUACACGAAAAACCAGUACUAUUAUUGCUGCUUCCUCCCCAAAACCCAUUACUUCCGCAGCCACUGAAAUCCCAAAUACAACAACCACUAAUACAGUAAAGCAAUCAACAAAAACUAAAAGCAAAAAGCCUACAAAAAUUAUCCCACGUCCAUUUACAGGAAAAAUAUACAAGUCGACUCUGGAUAAUGCAGCGGAUAUAUCAACAACCGCUGCUAAUUCCAUUCCAACAGCAGGACCGCAGCAGGCCGAGUCACGUGUCAACACAACAGUUGUCAUUUCAGUUUGUGUUAGCAGUUUUUUGCUGGCAACGUGCGCUGUGUUUAUUGUGUACUUUUACAGGAGACGAAAGAAUGAACAAAAUGGCGGACUUAUCAGCUCAACACCAGGGAAUAUAGUAAUAAUGAAGCCCUUUAACAGUGAGUCCAAGUCACGUGACACUAAAAGAGACUCCGGUAUUGUAGACUGUGAUGAGGACAUAUAUACCUGUCCAACCAAUCAGCAGCCAGUAUAUCACGUAUUAGAGGGACCAUCUAAUCAGCAGCCAGUCUAUCAUGUUUUAGAAGACAAUAGAACGGAGCCUGUCUACGCAUGCGCCGCGCCCGACGGAUGUCCAAACCAGGCAUUUGAAUCAGAUUACGAUUACACCGUUCCAGAGGGUGUGGUUACGUCAUUGGUCUCUAGUACUUUAAGACCACAAGGAGAGGUCAGGGAUAUUUCCGUUGAAACGCCCUAUUAUCGUGUUUUAGAGAAUCCCAAUGUGACUCAGGAGCGAUAUCAGGAACUUAUUCGACCAAUGCAAAACAACGGAUAUCAACCAAUCAUAAGGCGAGGAAAGUAAAAAGUUGUCAUCUAUUACGAUAUUGCGAUGAUUUCAAUCAAUACAUAGUUAAUACAAGUAGUCCCCUCUAUUAACUAUGAUAAAUAUGACUGUCAUGUUGAAACAUAGAUAUCAAUCAAA